AUGAGUAUAAAUAAAAUCAAGUAUGAUGAAUUAGAGGAAAUAAAAGGUAAAAAUGAAAUAUUAAUAAAUUUAUUAAACAAACUCAUAGCAUUCGACAAAAAAAGAAUAUUUUUGUAUCCAGUUAAUGUCGAAUUAGUUCCUGAUUAUCUUAAUAUAAUCAAAGAGCCAAUGGAUUUUACUACGAUGAAACAUAAAAUCCAGAAUUAUAAAUAUAAUGAUUUCAAUGAAUUUGAAAAAGAUGUUUAUUUAAUUAUCAAUAAUUGUUAUACUUAUAAUGAUAAAAGUACCAUAUAUCAUAGAGUAGCAGAAAAUUUAGAAAAUUACUACAAAAAAAUUAGCAUUAAAAUGCAUAAAAGAUUUAUGAAUAUACAUUAUCUUUAUCAUAAAGAUAAAAAUAUUAUAAAUAGUGUUGCGUCUAGUGCUAAUGCAAAUAAUGUAAAAAAGAGUUAUUUAAAAGAAAAGAAAAAAAAUGAAAAAACAAAAAAGCAUGGGAAGGUAGGAAGACCAUGUAAAUUAAAUGCCGAUUCAAAAAACAGUUAUUAUAAUAACUCAAAUGAAUUUAUUAAUGCUUCUUAUAAAAAAAAAAGAAUUAGCAAUAAAAAUUUAUCAAAAGGUAUUGAACACAUGUAUAAUAACUUUGUUAAUAAUGCAGUUGUAUCAUAUACACCUAAUUUUGUAAAUAAUAUUUAUGAAAAUAAUAACAGUGCAUACCCUAACUUAGAAAAUAUUAUAGAAGAAGAAGAUUUUAACAUAAUCAUAAAUAAAAUACAAGAUAGUCAUGAUAAAUCAAAUGAUAUUUUUCAUUUAUUGAUCAAAAUGUUGUCUAAUAAUACAAAUAAUCAUCCUAUUUUAUGUAACUAUGUAAAUAUAAAUAAAUCAUUGCGUGAGAUUUUCUUUGAAGAUACUAUGUUUUCAAAAAGUAAAAAUUAUGAAUAUUUUUUAACAGAUAGUGAUGAUAAUAGUGUACAAUCAUCAAAAACCAAUAGAAAAAGGAAAUUAUGUGAUGUUCCUAAUAAUUUAAGUAAGAAAAACACAAAGUAUGAAUUAUUAAAUGAAAAACAAGUUAAUAAUUAUAAUAAAUAUAAGCAUUCAGAAAGUAAUAUUCAUUUUGAAAACGAUAAUAAAAAUCUUGUGAGCAAUAAAGAUAUUGCAGAGAAUAGGAAAUCCUAUUCAAUUAAUAAUCAUGAUAUGAGUGAAAAUAUAAAUAAUAAUAAAAAUUUAAAUGAAAAUUACAAUGAGUUAAGUAAUAAUAACGACAAUUUAUUUAAAAAUAAACAUGUAAAAGAUACUAAUGGUAAAAUAAAUGAUUACUUUCUAAAAAAAAAAAAAUUUGUUCAUGAAAAAAAUAAGCUAUUAAAAGAAACUGUAACAUGUAAUAUUGAAAAAGAAGAACUAACAAUGAAUCUUUUAAAUUACAAAGAAAGUGUAAAAAAAUUUAUCGGAGAAUCAAAUUUUCCUACAUUCAUUAAAAUAUUCCCUAAUAUUUAUACUAUUUUAGAUAAUGCAGACGUUAAAGAUUUAUAUUACUCUGCUUUUAAUGAUUUAAGAAUUUUUGGUUUAGAUUUAGAAGAUUUUGUUGAAUUUAACAAUAAAAUAACUUAUAAUGAGAAUUACUUACUAGGAAUAGGUAAAUAUCACAUAAAUAACAUCUUUACUUUGGAUAAAAAUUUAUCAAAUAUUAUUUUUGAUGAAAAAUAUAAUUCUCACUUUUCCGAUGAAUAUAAAACAUAUUUGUCAAACAAUAAAAACAGUGGAAAAAAUAGUUUAUUAUGUUAUAAUAACAGUGAUAAUAGGUAUUCAAUAAAAAGUAACAUGAACCUCAUUUUAAACGAUAAACAAAAAAUAGAAAAUAAAAAUAUAUCUGAAAUGAAAAAUAAGUGUAAAACUAUGACUAACAAAAAUCAUAUAGCUUUUAAUAGUAGUAGAUUAUCAAGCUAUCAUAAUAAUAAUAAUGAUUCAGCAAUAAAUAAAUCAGAUACAGAUACAGAUACAGAUAAAGAAAAAAAAAAAAAAGAAAUAACAAAUGAUCAUUAUCAUAAUAUAAAUUCCUUUAAUAAUAAAAAUAAUUUUGAAUAUGAACCUAAUUCGUAUAAUGAUUAUGAAUUUUCUUGUGAAUCAUCAUCGGAUAAUGAUGAAAAUCUAAACCUAAAAAAUUUCUUUUUUACAUAUAAUUCGUAUAUUAAUGAGUUUUAUAAAAAAAAAAAAAGAAAAUUUUGA